AUGUCAGCCAUAGAAAGACUGCUGACUGAGCAUGAUAACUUAAUGAAGAGCAGAAAAUACAAGUUUUAUGCAAUUCCGCUUGAUAAGAAGCCAAGGGGAUAUGCUGCUAGGUGGGAAUGCGGAAUUCCAGGACCUAAUAAUCCGUUGUAUAAUUGCUCAUACUAUACUUUGUAUAUUGACUUUCCGAAUGAUUAUCCAUUUAGUCCUCCACAAGCAACAUUCAAACACGAGGUGUACCAUCCAAAUGUAUACUCUACAAAUCAGGUCUGUCUAGAUAUCAUUGGAGACAGAUGGAAGCCAAGCAUGAAUGUGAUGAAUAUUCUAUGUGGAAUACAACAGCUUUUAGAGAUGCCUAACACUCGAAGUCCAGCAAAUAUUGAUGCAAGCAAGUGCUUCAGAACAGAUCCUGAGAAGUACGCAAUUAAUGUAAGAGAGAAUAUCAUUAAGUAUCACUCAAGACCUGAAUGGAAAGGAUUGUAA